UUCCAAAGGCGCUAGCAAUUUAGUUUGUUGUUAGAGUUUCUUUCAGUUUCCUCUAGUUGUUUUUUGGAUUGAAAAAUCCCCAAGCCAUGGAUGAUUAUGGCGUCUUCGAUUACAAGCGCCCUGCCAGCGCUACGGAUCCCGAUUGGAGGAGUUCGUACUAUCACGGGCAUCGUCACAUCACGGACCUUAGGAUGGAUAAUAAGUUAAAUCCCAAAUUUGCGGACAAGAGCAUUUAUGUAAGAGAUCCUCUGCUGUCGCAGAAACCGACUUCAGAAUGCAUGGCCAAUUAUGUGUGGCAGUACGGCAAUCCCAACACCCUGAGGAAUCCCUCGCUCAACAUGAAAACGCAGUACAUGAAGCCAUUCGAGGAGGGCUGUCUUCGCUUUGUGAAGCGGAAGAUGAAGCCCAUCUCGAGUGUCAGUCAUGACUCUUUUGUUCUCAAAGAACUGCCCGAGGAGCAGGAGAUUCUGCCGAUCACAAUGCCAACUCCCGUGGCAGCCACCAAACUUAUCAUCGACCGUUCGGAGGCGUCGUACAGCAAGUACCUGGACCCCUCAUCCACCACCUACAAUCUCUCCUAUGUUCGCUUGAGUCCCGAGGAUUUAUGUGGCGGAGUAGCGGCCCACGACAAUAUAACAUUCUGGAAUUGGUCGGAGAAGAUGCCGCCCACGCGGAAGGUGUCCCGCGAAGUGGAUCCCACGAUGUGCGACGAGGGCUCAAAACAGCUCUGUCCCAAGCGGCGCGAGUUCCAGAAUCUCAAAAAACCAGUGCCCCAUUCGGGAAUGGUCACCGAGGUUCGCGCUAACUUCACGGAUCCGCAGUUCCGAAGAGUGGAAUUCGAUCCAGACGUUAAGCCGAUUCUGGUGCACACGGAAGUUAUUCCGUUUUCCAAGAGAAGCGAGUACGCAAUCUACGGAUCGGGUGAACCCGUUAUUAAGUAUGUUUAGUUUUGUCUUUGAAUAGUUUCGACUUUACUUUCAGCUAAAUUUAUGUUAGCAAAAUAAAGAACAUGGUCACUAA